AUGAUUCUUGGUACUGAAAAGGUGUUAGGUAUAUCAUUGGAUUUAGAUGAAGUUGAUAGAGUGAGGAUACACGAGGAUGCCUUUGGAAAGAUGAGUAAUCUCCGGUUUCUAAAAUUCUAUAGAAAGUCAUUGGAGAGAAAGAAAGAAGUGUUCCCUGAUCUCUCCAGUAAAAUCGAAUCCAUCAUUGCAAACGAGACAGCGUUUGAAAUAUUCCCUUCUAAAUUGCGUCUUCAAAAUCUCGUUGAGCUUCGCAUGGAGCAAACCAUGAGUGAGAGGUUGUGGGAUGGUGUUCAGGUUUUCUUCUCGGACUGCGAGCACUUAGCUGAAGUUAGCUGGCCUGACUAUGCACUGGAGGAAGCUGAAGAAACCAAUAACACUUGCAGUAAGUUGUCGUUGAUCAGUUUCACGAACUGCCUCAAUCUGAAUCAAGAAACCUUCAUUCAACAAUCAGCUUCCAAGUAUCUAAUCUUACCAGGUGUUGAAGUGCCCGCUUAUUUCACUCACAGAUCUACCGGUAGCACCUUUACAAUCCCUCGGAAUCAUUCUUCUCUCUCUCAACAACCUUUCUUGGACCUCAAGGCUUGCCUCGUGGUCUCUGAUGUCGUUGUGGUUUCUCAAGGAUCAGAAACCGGCGUCAACCAUGAGCUUUGCUUUAUUGACAUUGAGGUACAUUGUCGGUUUAAAGACAACCAGGGGAACUACUCUGGCUCUGCGGAAUCAAUAGAUUUCUCAUUACCUCAGAAGUAUGAUCAUCUGAUUAUAUUUGACUGUCAUUUCCCUCAAAACCAAGACAAUGGUGAAUCAAGCUGCGAACAGGUUGAGAUAGAGCUUAGUCUCGUUAGUACAGGACUCAGACUAAUAGAGUGCGGUUUAAAAUGCUGA